CAAAUGCGACCUCACGAGGAUGCAUCCUUCCAAACGAGACACUGUGAGAGACUCAACGGCUUCACAAAAGAUAUAUGAAGUCAGUCCCCUCAAGUUCACACAGGUGUCAUAGCAGAGUAACCACAGUGUGUCUGAGGAAUCUAAACUUUAAUUCCUGAUGGCUGCCGAGUCAAUGGAGAGAGGCACAGCUGCACGAAAGCUACAGUUUGCCCCUUUCUGCAGUGCCUUGGAGGUGGGAUUCUGGCAUCAGCUCACCCAGAAGAAACUCAAUGACUACCGCAUAGAUGAAAGCCCAAAAAACAUCAAAGGCUAUUAUUAUAAUGGUGAUCCUGUUGGCUUGCCGACACGCUUGACCCUGGAGUUCAGUGAAUUUGAUGUUGAUGGGCCCACACCUGCUCACUGCUGUCCAGCCUCUGGAACUCUUUACAAUGCCAACACAUUAGAAGCUUUCAAAUCUAUUGACAAGAAAGCUAUCGUAGAAAAAGCAGCCAAUGGGAUUUGGAAUGCUAUUCAAUCAGGGGCUGUGGUGGAAGACUCAUCAGUUCUAAGCAAAUUCAUCCUCUUGACAUUUGCGGAUCUGAAGAAAUAUCAUUUCUAUUAUUGGUUCUGCUUUCCUGCCCUUUGCUUUCUGGAAGGAGUCCAACUCAUUCAGGAGCCAAUAUCAUUAGAGCAGAGAUUCUCUGCCAAACAGAUCUCCAGCUUGCAAAUGGCAUAUGAUAAUAUUUGCUCCUCAACUGGGGUGACAGCAGUCCCACAUUUUCUGCUCAAGUACACAGAUGAAAGUGUUGAAGUUGCUUCUCUAAAAGACUUGAACUCCUUUUUCACAGACCUAAAAAAGAUUACUGUGGGUGUGUAUGACCCCUGCACACUGCCUCAACAUCCUGGCUGGCCCCUCAGAAACCUUCUCAUCCUACUCGCAAAAAAGUGGGGUUCACAGCUGAAUGUUCUGGAAGUUCUGUGCUUCAGAAACAGGAUUCUUCAAGGAAGCCGCUUCAUUCAGCACAGCAUCAUCUUUCGGGUCAAGCUUCCAGACCUGUCAGCUUGUGCAGGCCACCCGGUGAACUUUUCCGAGACAACAUUGGCUCAAGCUCGGCAGGACGUUGAACAGCUGGAGAAGCUUAUCUCUGAACAUGAUGUGGUCUUCCUGUUGAUGGACAUUCGUGAGAGCCGCUGGCUUCCUACAGUCAUUGCUGCAAGCCAAAGAAAGGAGCAUCUCUGUUCUCCAACAUACUGGGACACCGUCUUGGCUGCUACUUCUGUAACGAUGUGGUUGCCCCUGGAGACGAUUUGUAGAUUAUCUGUCAUGAUCGCUGGAGCCCUGGCUGUUGAACUGAUGGGAUCUAUACUCCAACAUCCAGAGGGACUGCAUGAGUCUAAAGAGAGCUUUCAUCCUGGUUUACCGUUUGCAGAAGACUUUAUAAAGCAGGGGCUAUAUGGUGCUCUAGAUAGUGCUGGCAUCCUCCUGACAGUGUCUUUUCAGAUGUAUUAAGCUGUUAUAGAGCUCUGAUGGAGGCUCUGCUAGUCCUGGAUAAAAGCUUUCAGAUAGGGAGCAACAAAGGACUGCACACUCAUAUGAUAAGAGAUCCUCAACUGCAGGUUGUUUCUUUUUUGCUGUCCAACUGUUACUGUUGAUCACUGUCUGCAUCACAAUCUAUUAUGAUGGACUUCACAGAGGAUGAACUGCUGCCAAGUCCAACCGUACAACAAGGGAUACUUCACUGGCCACUGCCUGUACCUCUGACUUAGGAUGGACUUCACCGGAAAUGAACUGCCACAACUUUUAGCCGGAUUUUGAGGCACACCUCACUGAACUCUGCCUACAUCAUCUUGGUCAUAGGAUGGACUACACUCUCUUAAAAUUGAAUACAUGGUCAAUAAAUUAAUGCAAACAAAGCCUUCAUCUGCCAAACAGAAAAGGACACUGGAUCUAUGUGCACUUCCAAAGUCAAUUCUGGAUAGGCUUCAAAGACUUAAUCAAAGACUUAAUCAUUCAAGUUCAACUGAUAUCCUUUAAUUUUAAACAUUGCCUAUCAACAUCUUCUCAGUUUACUCAAAUAAUACAUGGCAUUUAUCAAACAUACAGGUAGAUAACUAAUAUUGGCAUUCUAUUCAUGCUGAAUAGCCAGAGGGGAUUUGGCUCCCCCAGCUGAGCCUGUUUUUUUUUUUUUUUUUUUUUUUUCUCCAUUAACUACCAUCUUAUGGAAUUGCCUUUUGUUUGCUCCCUAGGGGCCUAAAGCCAACAUAUUUGUAAAGCAUGGUUUUCAAUCAUGUUUUUCAUUUGAACUGUUUAAUGAGAACUUUAAGACAUUACAGACAGUACAGCACCGUUUUCUGUUUCAGCAUAAUUUUCUUUAAAGCCGAUUUAAAAUGAUGUUUUGUGAAAAGUGCUAUACAAAUAAAAAUGACUUGACUUGUUGCAGGAGAACACUUAGGCUAAGUCCAAAUUCCCAUACUUUCAGAGUAUGUACCAGUACAGAAAUUGAUAAAGAACUUCCUUCUCGACCUUACUUGAUGAGUAAGUUUUUUAGGGAUGCAGGUGUGUAGUAUUAAUACAUACCCGAACAUACUACAUCCACCAUGUGUGCAUUGUCCUGUGACCUACAUGUUCGUUGACCUAUGACAUACUAAAAAUAACUGUGAAAAUAAUGCACAUUUGUGUUGUUUAAUACAAAAAAGUAACAUUUAUUCACAAGGAACAACUUAUCUCGAUACCUGAAGCACUUACACUUGAAGAGAGCAGCCAGUCUCACAGUUCUCAGCUAUUAUUUAUUUUAAACUUUUAAAAAUGUGAUGACUCCUAAGCUCCUGUGGCCUUAUGAGAGAAAACUGUCUGCACACUUCAGAAUCUCACUGUCUACUGUGUUUUACUGUCUAAUAAUUUUACAUACUGCUGUUUGUAUACUGUGUAACAGUGUCCAUUAUGACGCGAUGUUAGAUAUUUGUCUCUGAAAUUCAGAUUUAUAUUACAUCAAAUGUAAUGAUUCAUGCUGAGCACUCACUGAAUUCUACUUUUAAGUGACAUUGAAAUACCUAAAAUAGUUUUCCCUACACCAGUUUAAUAUGCAGAGACAACUAUUAGUAAGAAAUUCGUAUGUUGAAUUCCUAAAGAGUAUGAACACUGUGGCUCAAAUGCCUUUUCAAUACAUUGCUUAGUUUAUUUUUGUGGUCCUUUGGACAUUUCAAUUUAUGGCUCAACCAAGAGUGUCAGUUUGGGGUGGGACUACCUGUUUAUCGACCAGUGGCAGGCAUGAGGAAUGUUUGGGAAACCUAUUUGGAAACAAUCACUACUUUUGCUCAUACUUGGUGGUAGAGAUUUGAACAAACCCCUAAACACAAGUAUUAUUGACUGUAUGUGCCAGAGAAACUACGCACAUGGUGCGCAGCCACCUUGAAAAUGUUGUCUUUGAACAUUCGGUGUAGCGGUUUGAUCAUAGAUAUUUAUGGUGUUGAUGUCAAAGUGUAGUUAGUAAGCAAAGUGGAUUUACAGGUUGCCGAGUUGCCAAAUGUUAUCAUGAGUAGUUUAAAGUUUUCAGGGGAUGUUAUAACAACUGGAAGUACAGAGAGCACUUCAUUUAUACACAUACACACAGACCUAGUUUAAAGCUAGUAUGUGAAAGUCUGUUUUAUUUUAUAUUACUUUUUUACCUAAUCACCUUUAAGUUUUAAAAAAAAAUGUGAUGUGGCAAAUAAUUUUAAAAAGUAAAAAUGUAACAGGCAUGAAAGUAUAUUUUACAUACACAUGUGCUUCUUAUAUGUAGAAUUACAUAAA